AUGCCUGAAGUUUACGCCGCACCGCCUGACUACGCCUUCCCACGCGAAUUCAAAGGUUACGGCGAGAAGGGUCUUCAAGGCUUGAAAUGGCUCAACAAUGCCAAGAUUGCCGUGUCCUUCGUCAUCAACUAUGAGGAGGGCGGCGAACGCUCAGUCAUGAAAGGCGACGGGGUUUCCGAGAUCAACCUCCGCGAAUACCCAGCCCAACACAGAAUCAAUGAGCGUGACUACAGCGGUGAAUCAGAGUUUGAAUAUGGCUCUCGCCGCGGCUGGUGGCGUAUCUUCAAGCUCUUCAACGACUACAAGAUGAAGUUUACCCUUUACGCUGUCGGCUCAGCUGUCGAAGAACAGCCAGAAGCUGUCGUUCGAAGUGUGGAAGAAGGCCAUGAUAUCGCUUCUCACGCCUAUCGCUGGAUAGAUCAUGCUAAUCUCUCUGUCGAGGCUGAGAAGCAGCACAUCAGAGAUGGUAUCACGUCGCUGAAGAAGCUCGCCGGCUAUGCACCAAAGGGAUGGUACUAUGGUCGUCCCUCACCACAGAGUAGAGCUCUCAUUCCACUCGUGUACGAAGAAAUGGGUGAGGAGCUCCUCUGGGCUAGCGACACCUACGCCGAUGACCUCCCGUAUUGGACGGACCUGCCCCAAGAGCGCGGCAGCGCAAACCCCAAAGGUUGCUUGAUGGUUCCCUACAGCUACGAUUGCAAUGACUUCAAAUUUCAUUGCCAAGGAACUGGUUUCCGUAGCUCGGGAGCUUUCUACGAGCAUUUGAAGAACGCUUUCGACGUGCUGUAUGAGGAGGGUGAAGCGGGUGAGCCGAAGAUGAUGACUAUCGGGCUGCAUUGCCGCAUCAUUGGUAGGCCAGGGAGGUUCAAGGCGCUUCAAGACUUUGUAAAGUAUAUCUCAGAGAAGGAAGGUGUUUGGGUUGCGACUAGGACUCAAAUAGCCGAGUCGUUUAGGGAACAGUUCCCGUAUAAGAAGGGUCAGCUCGCGUAG